AUUGAAGCUCCGAAGGUGACCGGCAAUAGCCCGUCAACAUUUGUCAUAUAACCUUUCAGCAUCCGUGGAAUCUCGGCAGCAACGAAAAUACCGAGUCAUCUCGGAUCGCCUCGAGGAUGCCCGUCAGAAAUUCAAUCUAGAUAAAUGUUGCAAACCCAUCAUUGUUGGCGUUGAAAGCAUCAACGGCAUUCACUGUACCGUAUAUAUUCGGAAAACAUGCUGACCCGGCUCCUGACCAUCGGCCAUAUGGCCCUGAUCAUCUUCCAUCUCCAAUUUUCUGCCUGCCAUCCCUUGACUUCUGGCCCGCGUUAUGAGGCAAGAGGAGUCACCACCAGCCAUCGCUAUCCAACCCGCGAACUUGCGGGCAUCACAGUGAUUGACACCUCCCUCGUGCGCUCAGCCCAAGCCUUUGCUCUCGCACACAGCAGCUCAACAACCUACAACCACGUAAUGCGCUCGUGGCUGUUCGGCGCCCUCAUGGUAAGAACAACGCAACUCUACAACGAACGAUUGAUCUUGAGAUCCAAGCCGUGUCAGCCUUGUUGCACGAUCUUGGCUGGGACCAAACCCCAUCGUCCCCUAUCAUAUCCCCCGACAGACGCUUCGAAGUAGAUGGCGCCAUUGCCGCCCGUGCCUUUCUCCAUGACCACCCUCACGGCAGGAAGUGGAAUGAACGCCGCGUGCAACUCGUCUGGGACGCCAUCGCUCUGCACACCGAACGAGCCUUGAACUACUUCAAAGAGCCCGCCGUCCGCCUAGUCAGCCAGGGUAUAAGCCUUGAUUUUGAAACGGCAGAAAUAGCGAAAGCCACGUUCGGGAUACCUAUUUCGGAGUACCAGGCUGUUGUGGCCGAGUUUCCAAAAGAAGGGUUCAAGCAGGCGUUGAACGAGACGUUUGUGUGGCUUUGCCGGGAGAAGCCGGGGAGCACUUAUAGUGAAACUAAAACAGACAACUGGAUGCAGCCUUGGGGAGACCGAUAUGUGGAUGGGUAUAACUCGAGCGCGAAUUUGAGGAUCGAUAUUAUUGACAGGAAUCUUCCUUGAGCAGUGCACUGGGUUUUGUCGGGACAAUGGUCUCAAAGCAUAUGCUGGAAAAGGGGUAGUUAAGGGGGGAUCCACUUUUACCCCUUUUUUGCCAUUGUGGUGAUGGUCUGGGUAGAAUAAACUUUCUUUACCACUGGACCGGAAUAUACUCCGAGAUGGUUGACCUGAGAUGUCUCAUAUAAGCACCGCUGGUUGGAGCCCAGUGACC